AUGGCACAUAUUAUUUUGCAGGUCGCCAGCCGCCGUUCACCAGUGUUUCGUCUGACAGCCGGUAGAUGGCGUUUGCGUGCGCGGCCGCUUGACGACGCAGUAUCGACGUGGAAGCCGAGCGUUUUGGGCGAACCGCAGCCGCCGGGUUUCGCAGACGGCCGUCGCGACGACGCCGAAAGUUCACACCGGACCCGAUCCGGAAGCUCACAGGGCCGACCAACUUUCGUCUGUAUUCGGGAAAACGGUGUGGUGUGA